AUGUUUAACAUCGAGUAUCAAACAAAGAGAAGAAGAGACGCACAAGUGAGCAAGAUAGAUGACUUUCCCCAAGAGAUCUUGUUUGAAAUCUUUACAAGACUGAGUGUGAAAUCACUUUUGCGGAGCAGAUGUGUUUGCAAAUCUUGGAAGAGUUUAAUUAGAAACCCUGAUUUCAUGAACGCCCAUCUCAAAAGAAAUGUCUUGAAAAAUGCAUGUGAUUGUCUAGUUAUCCACACUGGGUAUGAUGUAAGUGGCUUCUCAGUCUAUGAUGCUGAAGAAUUUACAAAGCGUUUUGAUCUAGAGCUUCCUAGGCCCAAACAUGUCUCAUAUGCAGUUUAUGGUUCUUGCAACGGGGUGCUUUGCAUCUCCGCCACUUGGCGUGUGAAUUUGGCAAGUCCUAUAUAUCUGUUGAAUCCAUCAAUCAGAGUAUUCAAAAAACUUCCCGAUUGCCACAUCCUGCAAACUGCCCAUUUUGUUACUCUUGGGUUUGGGUUUCAUGAGAGGGGGGACGACUAUAAGGUUGUGAGGGUUGUGAGGUUUCCACGCAAGAAAGAUUUCUUUGCAGUUGAGGUUUACAGCCUUAGAUUGGAUACUUGGAGAAGAAUUACUGCAACUCCGCCUGUUUCACAACAAGCCCGUUUUCCUCAACCCAAGUGUUUAUUCUUCAAUGGAUUUUUGUAUUGGAUUACAGUGGAGCCUUCUCAACAUUGCACUUCCAUUGUUUCCUUUGAUCUCGACAGUGAGGUUUUUCAAAAGAUUAUGCUUCCAGAUAUGUUGUUCGGAGUGGCGUCUGUACCUACUGUUCAAGUGUUUGAAGAAUCGCUUUCUUUGUUCCAUCAAAGAAAAGAUGACAAUGUUUGGUACUGUGACAUAUGGGUUGUGGAAGCAGAUACUUGGACAAUGAACCACACAAUUCGUCUUCCAAGAUGUGAAUCUGUAGCAUGGCCAUUGGGGAUUAGAACAGAUAACAAAUUUCAUUUGGUUAGGCAUGUUCGAAAUAUGCAACGUGACCCAAUUUUGGUUUUAUGUGAUCCUGUGUUGCGGAGAGCUAAGGAUACCGGAAUCAGCUUGAGUUAUCACUCUCAGUUUGUCGAUGCUUAUAGGGAGAGUCUAAUUUUACUCAACUGA